GACUUUGCCGUUUGUCAUGUAAAACCAUCUUAUGGAUAUGAAGGACCCUUUGAGCCCUUCCAUAAGACUAGGUCCCUCUACAAAACAAAUACGAAAAAGCAGAAAUCUGCGUUCUUCGACGUUUCACUUUGUAGAAAUCACAACCAAGUAGUAUCAUUUGAUUCAUCAAUCGUCAUUGGAUCACCAUUUACAGAAAAUUUUACUCUUUAUCAUAUUGCUGCCAGUCUCUUAAAAAAACAAGUUGACUUGUUACGCUACUUUCCAACCUUGAAGAAAUGAAUUCUUCAGCUCGGAAUAACUUCACAUCACAACAAUCUUUCGUCGACAGUAACCCAGCCAUAUCAAUGGAGGCUACGGCCCAGGCUAAUCAAGCGCCAACGUCAGGAGGCAUACCUGAUUUUGUAAAGAAAUUAUUUCGCAUGCUGGAAGACAAGUCUUACAACCACAUUGUCUCCUGGGGCAACAAUGGAGAGACUUUUGUUGUGAAAGAUCCAACGGAAUUUUCCAAAGUUAUCUUGCCCAAACACUUUAAGCACUCCAACUUUGCUAGUUUUGUUCGACAGCUUAACAAAUACGACUUCCACAAGCUGAGAAACGCCGAUGAUGGCAAGCCAUACGGUGAACAGGCCUGGGAAUUCGUUCAUCCAAAGUUUCAAAGUAACAAAAAGGAAUUAUUGGAAAAGAUCAAAAGAAAAACCCCGAACAAGGGCAAUCGUGGCCCUACAACGUCCGGUUCAGCAGGAAAUGCUGGUGCUGGCCAAGACAACAGUGGCAAUAAUUCGGUUAGCUUGCAAAAUUCCAACCAAUCCUUCAACAACAACCAAGCUGCUCCUGCCGAAUUCAACGCACUUGCCGCCAACUUGCACACUCAGAUAGCAUACCUCCACAAGAUCCAUACCGACAUGGCUGGACACCUUCAAAGCAUUGGUAACAAUUAUGGUGUUGUGCUGAAUGAAAUUAUGGGCUGUCGCAGCAAAAUGAUGGCUCAAGAUAAUUUGAUGCAAAAUUUAGUGCAGUACCUCGUACAACAAGAACAAGAGCACCACCAAGAAGAGAGAGGACAAAUAGAUGAUAGGCAGCCAAAUUAUGGUCAUGAUACGCCGUUUGUCCCUUCAUCCGAAGCACAGAAACUGAUUCAAUCUUAUUCCGAAGUUGCAAAAGCAAGUGUUACCCAGAUGAAUCAGAUCUCUCAGCGUAUUCAAAGCCUACAACAGCUUACUCAAGUGCCUUGGGCUUCUACUGAAAAUAACCAGCAGAACGAUAUACUUUCUUCCGACUUGAUUUCCACGAAAGCAUCAUCAUCUGCUCCUGUCGCAAACAAUGAAUCAUUUCCAGCUACAUCCGAGUCUUCAGCGCAGCCUUCCUUCAACAUGCCCAAUCUUGCUGAUCUGUCAACACAAUUCACAGCGGCUGCAGCCAGCAUGAAUUUGACACUUCCCGGCGAAAAAGACACGAAGGGAACCAACAUACUUGGCAAUUCCAAGAACGCUGACGGCUUGACAGUUGUUACUGUUGGGCAUUUGCAACCAAAGAAUAUGUCUCCCUCGUAUACCCCAUCCAAUAAUGCCAGUACUAGUCAAGCAUCCACGACAGCUGCGGCUCGUCCUGCAUCUGAUAAGACUAUGCGCAUUCAUCGUAAGACUUACAUUCCUGGUUGGUCAGUACCUCCUCGUGUCUUAUUGGUCGAUGACGACUCUGUUUGUCGCAAUCUCAGCAGUAAAUUACUCCAAGUGUUUGGAUGUACAUUUGAUGUAGCAACUGACGGUGUUGAAGCGUUGAAGAAACUCGGCUUGGAAAAAUACGAUCUCGUUUUAAUGGAUGUUGUGAUGCCUAAUCUCGAUGGUGUUACUGCCACCCGUAACAUAAGACAGUAUGAUACCCUUACCCCCAUCAUAUCCAUGACGUCCAAUACCACUGAUAGUGAUAUUAUGGAAUACUUUGGAAGCGGCAUGAAUGACGUACUGCCCAAACCUUUUUCGACCAAUGGCCUUCUGGAUAUGGUGGUCAAAUAUUGCGCACAUCUCAAAGCCAUUCAACGAGUGCAAGGAGUUGAUCCCGGCAUGGUUCACCGUGGCCCCAGUACCCAGAAUAUGAUUGCGGCGUCUCAAUAUUCUUCUACAUCGCAGUCAGAAGGAGACCAAAACAAUCAAAGUCGUAAACGACAAUACAACAGCACAUCAGAUUCCCAAGCCACAGGAGGUUUGGUAGCCGAAAGCUCGUCGGAUCUUCCACCGUUCGUCAACUUACAGGACUUACCUCAGUUUGUAAGCUUCAUGGGGAUGAUGCAGCAAGCAGCCAACGGGGAUGAAACACCUAGCUCUAGCCAUGCAGGCCACUGGUUUCAGCAGCAACUUCAGCCCCAAGAUGAUACCUCAUAUGGUGGCUAUGAAAGAAAACGAGCAAAGCUAGAGGUCAUCGAGUAACAUUAGCUUUCUGAUGACGCUUAUUUCAUACUGCCUUCCCACCUUUUCCCCUCAUUUCAUUUUGUCACGUACCUCUUUUUUUCUUUGUUUAUAUCAUUCUUACGACGCGAAUCGCUU